GAUGACUUUGUCACCUCUUCGCCACUGGGCCGCCCACUGUUGGGUCACAUUCUUUCUAUUGCUUUUGAAAACUUACAUCUAUUGGGUAAUCGAACUGAUUCUCGUGAAUGAUAUGUGUAAAAUGGAUGUAGACUCCUUUGAUGACCCUCUUGGUGAAUAUAUAUAUAUAUAUAUAUAUAUAUAUAUAUAUAUAUAUAUUGCAGAUGUUUUUAACAUUUUCAUGAAUGAAAAGAAGACGGGGGAGUUCGAGACAAGUUUAAAUGAUGACUCCAAAGGUCUCCUCUCUCUCUAUGAAGCUUCAUACUUAACAACAAAAUCGGAUACUAAACUGAAAGAAGCUAGAUCUUAUGCGACGGAGAGACUAAGGGAAAUUCUCGAAAAAAGAUCGAACACCGAUUAUGAUGACACUCAAUCUUAUAUGACGAAAAUGGUGAUUCAUGCCCUCGAGAUGCCAUACCAUUGGAGAGUGAAAAGAUUAGAAGCACAUUGGUACAUGGAUGUGUACGGUAAGAGGCAUGACAUGAAUCCUCUCUUGCUUGAAUUUGCCAAGCUUGACUUCAACAUUCUGCAAGCUGUUCAUCAACAAGACCUCAAGCACCUCUCCAGCUGGUGGAACGACAUAGGACUGGCGAAACGACUUGAUUUUACAAGAGAUAGAAUCACGGAGAACUUUUUAUGGGGCCUUGCACUGGUCGAUGAACCUGGUUUCGGAUACCGCAGAAGAAUGCUGACGAAGAUUUUCUCGUUCAUGACAACGAUCGACGACAUAUAUGACAUAUACGGAACCAUGGAAGAGCUCGAAAUAUUUACAGCGGCUGUCGAAAAGUGGGAUGUGAACCUCAUGGAAGAACUUCCUGAAUAUAUGAGGUUCUGUUUUCUCGUUUUAUUCAACACAAUCAAUGAGAUUGGGUUUGACGUUGUCAGAGACAAAAGGAUCAAUGUAAUACCUUAUCUAAAAGAUGCGUGGACAGGUUUUUGCAAAUGCUUUUUAAGAGAGGCGAAAUGGUAUAAGAAUGGAGACAAGCCGAGUCUCGACGAGUACAUGCAAAACACGAUGGUUCUCGCCCCGAUAGUGUUGCAGCAACUGUACUGUGCCUGUUAUUCCGACAAGAACUCUGACACAGACUUGGACACCACAUCCGAUAGCUACAGAUCUGUCAUAGAAUCCUCCAUGACCGUUCUACGUCUUGCCAACGAUCUGGCGACUUCAUCGGUUAGCUUCACCGUCCACUUCUUCGAUAUUUUAGUUAGCAUAAUUUUUUUUUUUUUUUUUUGAGGUUAGUUAGCAUAA